GAAGCAGCAGCAGCAACAGAAGCAGCAGCAGUAGCUGUAAUAAUAUCACCAGCAGCAGCAGCGGCGGCUUUUGUUUCCUCCCUCCACCUCCCUGAACCCGGUGAAGGCAGCGGCGGCACCGGGAGGCUGUGCCCGCGCACCCCGACCAUGAAGCUGCCCUGGCUGUUGAUGGCGUUCACGGCGCUCGUCGCUUCCGCCGCUACGGAACAGACGUGGUCGCGCUCCGUGGAUGACGAAGGCUCGACAGGACUGGAGUUCUACGAUGAUGAGGACCUUUACUCAGGCUCCGGCUCUGGCUACCCUGAGAUCAGCGUGAGGCCGACAUCUGUGGCCGUCUCCUUCACUACGGAGGAGCCCAUCGUUCUCUCCACCACUCAGGCCACCAGUCCCGCCCCCGCCGCCUCACCUGCGGCCGAGCCCAGCCCGAGUCCCGAAGAACCCGCCACCAUUCCACCGCUGCCCACAGAGGCAGAUGGCGAAAGCAGUGCAUUCUGGGAGCAGGAGCAAGAAAAGGAGCGAGAGAGGCAGAAGGAACUGGAGAGGGAGAGGAUUAAAGAGUUUGAGAGGGAAAGGGAGCGGGAACGGGUGAGGGAGCUGGAGAGAGAAAGGGAGCGCGAGCGAGAGAGGGAGAGGGAGCGAGAGCGCGAACGGGAGCGAGAACGUGAGAAAGAACGGGAGCGAGAGCGGGAGAGGCAGCGAGAGCGCGAACUCGAAAGAGAGAGGGAGCUAGAGAGGAUCAGGGCCGCCGCAGCUGCCCGCACCACCACCGCUGCGCCCACCACUGCACUGCCAGAGUUGACCACCAACACUGCUGCCAGUACCACAGAAGCUACAGUGCCCCCUGCUGGAUGGGACGACUUGGGUGCCACUGAGGAGGCGGAAGAAGAAUAUGAAGAACAGGACGUGUACCUCUCUCCUGAGCCAACCUCAGUUAAGCCAGACAUUGACUUGGAAACCACCACAGAAGAAGACACUACGACCACUUUAGAGACUACAAUCGAAACCACAACAGCGCCACCACCCACCACCUCUACGACUGUAAAGACCAGGGUUCCCUUUAGACCCAGAGUCCCCAUGACCGGAGCCACUCAGGCCACACCCACGGAGAGAACCACACGCCCACAGCAGCCCACCACUACACAGGAGGGCAACAACGAGGUGGGAGCUGCAGGACCAAGUGGAGACUUUGAGAUCCACGACGACCGACACAACGAUCUGGGCCGAGGUCUGAUGCCCGGGUCUGAUCCGGAUUUGGUGGGAAACACGGUGGACGUGGGGAGCUCGGCCGCCCAGCUGCCGCAGAAGAACAUUCUGGAGAGAAAAGAGGUCUUGAUAGCUGUGAUAGUGGGAGGUGUGGUCGGGGCCUUGUUCGCCGCCUUCCUGGUGAUGCUGCUGGUGUACCGGAUGAAGAAGAAGGACGAGGGCAGCUACACGCUGGAGGAACCCAAACAGGCCACCGUCACCUACCAGAAACCAGACAAGCAGGAGGAGUUUUACGCGUAACACAUAUAUGCCACAGAGACACCAAGUGAGAGAGAAAGACGGAGAGAGAGAGAAGAGAGAAAGAUACUCUAAGACCCCCUCCUCCUCCUCCUCUUCUUUGUUGCUCCCCUCUCAUCUGCUCGCCUCUCGUCAUCCCUCUCUCCUCUCGUCUCCAAAACACUCGAGAGCGCCUUUCUCUCUUGGAACUUUCUUUUCAAUGAAAAUGAAAAAAAAGAGAACAAAAAAAAAAAAAAUCCAAAUAUAUUCUGGAAAAAAUAACACCUACACACGAGAUGUUUUUAAAGUAAAUGUUGUUAUUAAUAUUCUACAGAUUUUUUUUUGUUCUGUAUGUAAUGAUAUGAUUAUUUUGUAAAAAAAAAAAUUAAGAGAAACAAAACAAAAAGCUAAACACAAGCGCUUAACCUGUGUUCUCCAGCACACCACGUCCCUCCUCUGUCUGAAGGAGCAGAUAAAAGGAGGAGAGGAGAGGGGCGGAAUGGGCUGGGGAAGAAACAAAAGAAUAAUAAAGAGUGAUGGGUGACUCUGCCCCUCACCCCCCAUAUAACACACCCAAGCUCUGGUUGGCUGCACAGUCACAGGGUCAAAGGUGAGAGGAAAGGUCUCUUUUGUGCCUUCCAUCCCUCUCGUGCUCACAGACACUCUGACACAUAUUCAAACACACAUGAAUACAUGCUUACACACACACACACACACACACACUUGUGCUCGAAGGUGGCUCUGACCUCUCCCUCUCUCUCUGUGCUCGGCCAACCAGAAAACGGUGCUCAACCGUUGUCGUGUUCCACGGCCUGGAGGAGCCGCCGUGGAAACACGGCCAGGUCACGCUGAGGUUUUCUCCCCAAACACUCUGCUCCUCUAAGCUGUACAAAGAAUAGGUAUGGAUAGUAAUAAUAUUCAAUAAUAUAUCAAUGUUUUGGGCUGGAUGGUGAACAAUAAUAAUAAUCAAACCGUGAUAAAAUAAUAAUAAUAAUUAUAAUGAUUAUACGUCAUCUGGAGGAUGUGUACUUAGCAUUUAAAAAAAAAAGGUUUAUAUGUAAAUAUCGUAUCCUUUCCGGCUUCACUAACCAUCUGCAUGAUCAUGAAGAGUUUUUAUUCAUCAUCUUCAUCAUCACGUUAGAUGAGCUGUGCUCUCGUCAACCACACAGAUACCUGCACGCACGCGCGCACACACUCCAACACACGUCCAACCCUUCUGUGCAUUUCCACACACAACAUUAAACUUUAAAUAUACUGUAGAUCAUAUCACUAAUACACAUAUCAACGCCAUCAUCAUCACGAUCGUUAUCGUCAUCAUGGUCAUUGUGAUUACCAUCACUUUUGAUACGAGCAAGUUUGAGUGGUUCCAGUAUGUCACUGUUUAGUUGAUGAUUCAGUUGCCUGUUGGUUUAGAGUUUGGUCUGUUUGUAUAAAAGCACAACUACAAGUCCAAGUAUCACCUCAUCCAGAUGAAAACAACCUCCCCCGCCCCCCUACCCCCUCUGAUCUCCUGCAUCGUGUCAUCCAUUAUCUACAUCCACUUUGCAUGGCUCACUUUGUUUUCCCUCCACCACUGGCCCUCUGUUUGGGCGUGGAAGGGGCCACGGAGGAAGCGUAAGAGGGGAGGGAGGGGCGGAAUUUCUAAAUCAGGAAGUGUAUGUCCGUGCGGAAAGUUGCUUCAAAAUGCU